CAACCCUCACAACACGCCGCCCUACAACGUCGUCAACCCUGCCAACGGCACCAACACGCACUUCAAGGUCACCGGAGCCGCGACUAACCACUCCGCAUCCGCCCUGAUCGCCUUCAGCAUCAUCUGCCGCAAAGUACACUAGGACUCCACCACUUUCUUCUGGCUACAAAACACCUUCCGCGUCCUGGAGAACGCGCACAAGACCGAACCGCACCAGAACACCGGCGCUUUCCUGGCAGCCAUCGGGCCUCUUGGUCGGAGCCUACUGAAGAGCCUCAAGCUCAUCAACGUCGGCCCCAUCAACGAAGGUUACUGCCCGGACUUCCAGCACUUCGGUGAGGGGCAAGUCGGCAUGUACAUUUGCGAGGUCAGCCGCAAUCUCCACGUCACGACUACCCAGCUCGGUCGGUGCCAGAAUCUUCAGCGACUGUACGUCGACAUCGACUUAGCCGAGGUUUUCUCCAGGUUGACUGUCCACGCUCACAAGCUACGAUCGUGGCGCGAGGGACGCGUAGCAGCAGCAUCGGCAUCGGCAGAGAAGGACUCAGAGGGAUCGACUCGGCCAGCGAAACGCCGGCGCGUGGAAGAAGCGAAGCGGCCGGACACCCCUCUCAACAUGCGGAUCUCCGCGGCCCAGACCUGCGGACUCAAGCAGCUGGAGGUUACGUGGGACGCGAGCAACCGGGGGGCUAAAAAUCUGUUCGCAGGCGAUAGGCAGUACGAUUGGGGAGAGCCGCCUCACGAGGAGCCCAAAGCGGCAGUCUUGGGCUACCUCCGUGCCUUUCUAGAGCCCGGUUGUGAAGUGGUGGUCGUCGUGGAGGACAUCGUUGAGGGUGAUUUCGUGCAUCCAGUCGAAUAGUAGGGAUAGCUCCAAGUCGGAGGAUUUUGGGGACCUUGUUUCCUGGAGAUUCGAGACGGACUGGGCCCGAGGACCCCAGGUAAAGAUUGUACUGAGCUAUGUGCUCUUUGGUCAUGAGAUAGACUUUAAAUAGAACCUUUGGAGAAAAACUUUCCUCCAUUACACAUGACGGCACUUCUCAAUACUCGAUUCAUUACAUCAACCAUGUUAGCAGUCAGUAGAGACGUUGAGACC